UAUCUACGUCAAAAUAGUAUUUCUUCAGGGUACGACUACACACUGACAAGUGUGAGAAGGGUUAGAAAGUUCGGAGACUUUUCACCAGGGAAGCUAGAAAGGCUGUAUAUUCACCAAACAACCAGUGAAACGUUCGACACGACAGUUUUCUUUUGAGCUUCGAUAUUCUUUGGUCUGCAUUUGUCUUCGUUUUUCGACCGAAACUAAGUUAACGAUGAGCUUCCUAUUUGGCAGUCGCUCGUCUAAGACCUUCAAGCCGAAGAAGAACAUCCCAGAGGGCUCCCACCAAUACGAGUUGUUGAAGCAUGCAGAGGCAACGCUGGGGAGUGGGAACCUGAGGCAGGCUGUCAUGCUGCCAGAGGGGGAAGAUCUCAAUGAGUGGAUUGCUGUUAACACUGUGGACUUCUUCAAUCAGAUCAACAUGCUCUACGGCACCAUUACUGAGUUCUGCACUGAGACCAGCUGCUCUGUGAUGUCUGCAGGGCCCAGGUAUGAAUACCACUGGGCGGAUGGCACCAACAUCAAAAAACCCAUCAAGUGCUCUGCUCCCAAGUAUAUAGACUACCUGAUGACCUGGGUGCAGGAUCAGCUGGAUGAUGAGACACUCUUCCCCUCCAAGAUAGGAGUGCCCUUUCCCAAGAACUUUAUGUCUGUGGCCAAGACUAUUCUGAAGCGCCUGUUCAGAGUCUAUGCCCACAUCUACCACCAGCAUUUUGACUCUGUGAUGCAACUGCAGGAGGAGGCUCACCUCAACACCUCCUUCAAACACUUCAUCUUCUUUGUCCAGGAGUUCAACCUCAUUGAUCGUCGUGAGCUGGCCCCUCUGCAGGACCUCAUUGAGAAACUGGGCUCCAAGGACAGAUAAACACCUUCGUCUCUCGCUCUCUUACCCCCCCCCCCCCCCCCCCCCCUCUCUCUGGCUUUCUGUAACUUCUUCGCUUUGCCUUUUCUUUCUCCCAUCAUUCAUUACCUGUAUGUUUUCUCUUCUAGUUUUUUGCUCUCUCCAUCUAGUUGUCUGUUGACAUUAUUUCAGAGCUUGUUUUGUUAAAGCUCACUCUAGUCUUUAAGGUAAGGUACCAGGGUGUAGUAUAUUAAAUAUCUUUUUUUUGUAGUUUUGGUUAACAAAUUCUAUAAUUGGGACCUACUGACCUGUACUGUGGACCAAUAUAAUUUAGGAGUUUAAAUGGAAACCAGCAUUUCUUUCCUAUAGGAUUUACAAGCGCAUAAAAAAAAAAAAAACGUUUUAACUAUCAUGUUUUCAGGUGAGUUUUUAGUCAAUGUACUUAAAUACUGUUUUUUGGAUCUUGUAUCUGCAACAGUUUUUGUAUUUUAGAUUUUUUUUCACUUAAGAUGAACAAAGUUGCAAAAGUCAGGGGAUAUUGAUCAAUAAAUAUUUGCAGCGUCACUUUUGAUAUACUUGUGAAAUAGAUAAUCUUCCAUAGUUCAUAAACAAUCAGUGCUCGACUUGACUGCUUAGGUGUUAUACGGUAUUUUAAGAGAACGCAAUCAAAGUAUCAGAGGAUGACAUUUUGAAAACAAAUGAAAUGUAGUAUAAUGUGAAUAUUUUGAUCUUACUCAUUCUCAUUUCACUCAUAGCACAAAAUGUGCCUCAGUUAUGUUUUUACUAUGUCAAAUUCCUUGGUUGUCUUUGUCCUUAUGCUGGUACUUAAUUGUAUUAUCAAGUAAAUUCUUGUUUUAUUGUUUAUUAAACAUACCUUUACUCAA